AUGACGUCCGCGACACAAGUCAAGUCGUUGAGGGAUCUGCUGGGUGCGCCCGCGGCGACGGCCUCUCCCGACGACAGCACGCUGAUCAUCAUUGACGCGCAGAACGAAUACGCCGAGGGACACCUCAAGACCGUCAACGUGGAGCAGACCCGCAAGGCCAUCGCCUCGUUGUUGGAGAAAUACCGCGCCGCCGGCGACGGGAAGAACAUUGUGCACGUCGUGCACAAGACGCCCGACGGGGCGCCGGUGUUCACGCCCAACACGGCCCUAGCCGAGGAAUUUGACGAGUUAAAGGCCCGGCCUGGCGAGAAGGUGGUCGAGAAGCAAGCCAUCUCGAGCUUCACGAACACGGAUCUGCAUGAGUAUCUGAGCAGCCUCGGCGACAGGGGCAAGAAGACCGUCCUGGCGGGGUACAUGGCUCACGUGUGCGUGAGCACGACGGCUCGACAGGGGAACGAUCUCGGGUACAAUGUCGUGCUGGCAGGGGAUGCGAUCGGAGACCGAGAUAUCCCUGGGAUCAGUGGUUCCGAGGUCACGGAGGCGACGUUGAAGGAGCUGAGCGAUGCGUUUGGCACGGUCGUGAAGAGUUCGGAUAUCAAGUAG